UAUUCCGUCCCUUACAUCCUUUCGAGCUGGAAUCACAACUAUUCAUCUGGGCCGUCCAGUCAUUCUAACAAAACCUCCAUUGCCGGGUCCACUGCAAAAUAAACGGUCCAGAUUGAUCUAAAAAAACAAACAGUAACUGCUCAUGAUCCUAGGCGUCUAGUGAAUCUUUCUCAGCAACGGAGCUGACUAAAGACACCGACAAAUGGCUCCAACAGGCGGUGGAAGAACGCGACAGGUGGGUUUAAGACGCAUCGAUGCUGCACUUGAUGCUUUACGUCCCAUGGGUUUCGCUGAAGAUUUGGUUCGCAGUACCAUUAGUGAACUCCUCGAGGAUUUUGGUUCAGGCUUAUGGCGGAGAUGAAGGGUGGGCUUUUAUAGAAGAGGCUUCAUAUAAGUUGGUUAUUGAUACCAUUUUACCAGAAAGUGAGGAAUCUAAGCGGGAAGAUACUCAACCGAAACUUGUUGGGAAUUUUUCAACCAAGGAUUUUACUUUAGACGAGCCUGGAGUACAAUGUCAUUCCCCAGAUGUCCAUUCUAUGCAAAUCCAUUCCUUGCACAAUCACUCCCCGCCCCCAAAAGACAUCAUGAAUCGUUCUCUAAAGGAUGAUGCAUCACAAGAGAAACUCAGUGCACCGAUUCAGUCCCAAUUUUUUGAUUCCCCACCACUUGUUGACAUUAGACCUGUGACAGAUGAUACCUUACAAGAUAGGCUUGGAGUACAGAUGAACUACUCCCAAAUUGUAAAUCACUCUCUAAAGGAUGAUGCAUCACAAGAGAAACUCAGCGCACGGAUUCAAUCCCAAUUUGUCGAUUCCCCACCACUGGUUGACAUUAGACCUGUGACAGAUGAUAUCUUACAAGAUAAGCUUGGAGUACAAGUGAACUACUCACAUAUCAGUCCUGUAGUAGCUGACUCUGCAAGUAUGAAUCCCCCACCACUGGCUGACUCUUGUUUUGUUGGAAGGCGUAAACCUUGCUAUGGGUGGAUAAGCAGUGAUGAUGAUGAAGAUUUUGUGUAUUUAACGCCAGCCACAUAAAAUCAUCAUUGCCUCUUAAUGAUGAUAAGAUGGUUUAAUUUUGUUAAAAUUUUCUUAAUGGGUUGGAGUUGAUAUCUUAUGCUCAAUUGAAUGUGGAUUUGUGGGAUGUUCACCAUUGUCAAUUGUAUAUGUUAAUGUGAUGUUCCAGGUGUCUGCCUACGUGGCAUGGAAAUAAUAGUUUAUUCAGUUCAUUA